AAGUGCAAAACCACGUUUUCUAUUUCAGUUUCCUCAAAAUACCCUUGUUUUCUUUUGCAAUUGAAAAUGACGCAGUGACGCAGUACCCACGCACAUAUUUGCUUUCCCGCUCUCCACUUCGAGUUCUUUCUUCAAUUCUUCUCUUGUAUCGAAUUUCAGACUUUCAGUUUACCUUUGGGAUACACAACAGAAAUGAAGAAACUACCACUUGCAGUGCAAAAUAUGUUCGGCACUGAGAAACAAUUAUGUAGAAAAGAGGGGCUAGUAAAGCUUUUAAGAUGGCAUUUUGGGUAUUCGGAAUUCAGAGGGAAGCAGCUUGAAGCCAUUGAAGCAGUUUUGUCAGGAAGAGAUUGCUUUUGUCUUAUGCCAACUGGAGGAGGAAAAUCAAUGUGCUACCAGAUCCCUGCAUUAGCAAAAACAGGAAUUGUGCUUGUUGUUUGCCCUUUAAUAGCAUUGAUGGAAAACCAAGUGAUGGCAUUAAAGGAGAAAGGGAUUCAUGCAGAAUAUCUCUCCUCAACCCAGGUGUCGCAUACCAGAGAAAAGAUAUAUGAAGAUCUUGACUCUGGAAAGCCUUCCCUAAGGUUACUUUAUGCUACUCCAGAAUUGAUUGCAACAGCUGGAUUUAUGUCGAAACUAAGAAAGCUUUAUGCUAGAGGUUUGCUGAAUCUAAUUGCCAUAGAUGAGGCACAUUGCAUUUCAACAUGGGGUCAUGAUUUCAGGCCUAGCUACCGGAAACUUUCAUCUCUGAGGACGCACUUCCCGGAUGUGCCAAUAUUAGCUUUGACAGCCACAGCUGUGCCUAAAGUUCAGAAAGAUGUGAUGGAGUCAUUAUGCUUGCGAAACCCUCUAGUCCUCCGGUCAUCAUUUAAUCGUCCUAAUAUAUUUUAUGAAGUUCGGUAUAAAGAUCUGUUGGAUGAUGCCUAUGCUGAUUUGUCUAAUGUGCUUAAGUCCAGUGGAGAUGCAUGUUCAAUUGUUUAUUGUCUUGAACGCACAACUUGUGAUGAUUUGUCUGCUCAUUUGUCAGAAAAUGGCAUUUCCUGUGCUGCUUAUCAUGCAGGGUUGAACAGUAAACUGCGAAGUUCAGUUUUAGAUGAUUGGAUUUCUUCCAGAAUACAGGUUGUUGUGGCAACAGUGGCUUUCGGGAUGGGAAUAGAUAGGAAGGAUGUCCGAAUUGUUUGCCAUUUCAAUAUUCCAAAGUCAAUGGAAUCCUUCUAUCAGGAGUCUGGAAGAGCUGGUCGUGAUCAACUGCCUUCAAGAAGUUUGUUGUACUAUGGAAUAGAUGACCGGAAAAGAAUGGUUGUAUUAACAUCUUAUUUUCUUCCUUUUAAUUUGUAUUUUUUAUUUGGAUUUCUGAACCAUUUAGAAAAUUUGUGGCAGGAAUUUAUUUUGAAUAAUGCUGAGGUUAAGAAGCUAGAGUCUUCAAGCUCCCAUGAUGGUUUGUCAAAAAAAUCGCUAAUAGAUUUCAAUCAGAUGGUUGAAUACUGUGAAGGUUCUGGUUGUCGUAGAAAGAAAAUUCUUGAGAGUUUUGGAGAACAGGUCCCUAUAUCAUGGUGUAGAAAAUCAUGUGAUGCCUGCAAACACCCAAAUCUAGUUGCCAAGUAUUUGGAUGAGCUUACUUCUGCUUCUACUACUUGCAAGAAGAAUCGGUUCACUGGCAUCAUUAUCAACAACUCCAUGAAUACAACUGCUGAUGAGCAAUUCACAGAGUUCUGGAACCGUGAUGAUGAAGCAAGUUGUUCUGAGGACAUCUCUGAAUCUGAUGAUGGCAUGGAGAUUUUGGAGGACUUGUCUAAGAAGUCAAAUUUAUCAUCAAAAUCAGGAUUGAAUGAGAAAAUUGAGUUCUUGCAGCGUGCAGAAGAGGAGUAUUAUCAGAAAAAAAACCCUAACAAGCAGAAUAGUAACCUUGUUAACAAGAAGGCAAUAUCUGAAGUGCUGAGGGAAGCAAGCAAACGAAGGCUUGUCAAUGCUCUAAGGCAGAAACAAAAUCAGAUUAGCAAACUCAAUAUUGAGUUAGAAGUGUUUGCAGCUUUUCUUGAAUGUGAUUGCUACAAGUAUGGAAAGGUUGGGAAGACAUUCUAUAAUUCACAAGUGGCAAGUACGGUUAGGUGGAUAUCAACUGCAAGUUCUGCAGAACUAAUGGAUCGUCUUGGCAAUUGUUCCAUGAAGGAGAAUGACACUUGUAAAAUGGAAUCCCUUCCAUCACCAUCCUUGCCAUUGACAGCCCCCAAGGAUGGGGGUGAAGGACCAAUCGAAGUGUGUAAAGAAGAAAUUGAUGGCGUUGUUGGAUCAGAAUGUUCUUUCAAUCAUCUAAAGUUGGAAACUCCUUCCCAAGAUAUAAAGCUACCUCCAAUCCCAUCAUUCUCAGAUUUUGUUAAAAGCAAAGGAAAGGAAAGUAGAUCAAAUAUUUCUUCGACAUCAAACAAACACUCAACCACACUUGUGCAGAAGAAUGCAGAGAAGAGGAUGAAAUUUCAGUAGGGUGAAAUCAGCUUUAUUCCCUCCUAGUCAUCUUUUAGUCAUGCUAGUGGUGGAUAUAAUCCUUGCAUAGUAAAUUCUGCUUAAAGUUUAUGCUGUUUCUUGAUUAUUAAAGUUGAUCUCUAGUUGUAAUUUUAAUGAAAUAACAAAGCUUCUCUAA